AUGAAUCAGCAGGGGAAUACUGCUACCCCACCUGGGAAUCAGAAUACGAUGCCAGUCAUACCUGCAGCUGCACCCAUGCCACCAGCACCUGCACCACCGAUAGGCCCAGCUCCAGUGCGCCCAGCAGUGCUCGGCAUCUCCUGGCACAACCUGACCUCUCCCUCUCGGUGUGUUGCUGUCGCGUCGCCGCCGGCCGAGCUAUUCUCCUCAGUCCUACUUCUCCGGCCAACUUCUCCUCUCGGACUUGCGAUCCCCUCAUUUCUUUCCUCACCGGCGCACAUCUUCGACCAGGGGCAGAGCCGAGCCCUAGCCUCGCCUUCUUCUGGUUUUCUUGCGUUGUGCCCUAGGUUUUCUCUUGCUGUUGGAUCCGAACAAAACAGUAGUGAGUAUCAGACAGGAGCAAGCAGUGACGAGUUCUUCUUGUGUCUCUGCUUGAUAGUGCCGAAGACAAUACCGAGCUGUGUUUUAGCCGGAUCUUGGAGGGUACUAGAAUUCCAGAAGAGGAUAAAUUGCUGUGGGGUUUUUUCUUAG